ACUUUGGUCGCAGCUAGCAUGAAGCUAAGCUAGUGCUCCGCUCCAACAGCGGAGUGUUCGCGUUAACGCGGGUAAAAGUUUCACACACCCGAGCGAUGGCGGAGACGGCGGACAAGAAGAGGACGGGUGUGGGCGGCUGUCUGCGGAGGAAGAGCCGACAGAGCCAGCCGAGGGGGAGCUCCAGCGGCCGGGUGCAUCUGGACAAAGUCUUUGGCAUCACCACCCUCAGCAGCAGCGGUCUGACCUCUGACCCCAACUCGGGGCUCAUCGCCUACCCUGCUGGGUGUGUCGUGGUGCUGCUUCAUCCUCUGAAGAACAAACAGAGUCACAUCGUCAACACGUCCAGGAAACCUUUCAGCGCUCUGGCCUUCUCACCUGAUGGAAAACACCUGGUGACUGGAGAGAGCGGUCACAUGCCCUGUGUGCGAGUGUGGGAAGUGGGCGGAGCUCAGGUGGCUGAGGUUCAGAGUCAUAAAUAUGGCGUUUCCUGUGUGGCGUUCUCCACUAACGGCUGCUACAUUGUAUCCGUGGGAUACCAGCACGACAUGACCGUCAGCGUGUGGGACUGGAGGAAGGGGACGGUCAUCGCCUCCAACAAAGUGUCCAGCAGAGUCUCCUGCGUCUCCUUCUCUCAGGACAGCAGCUACUUCGUCACCGCUGGCAACAGACACGUCAAGUUCUGGUACCUGGACGCCUCCAAAGAGCGACGGCAGGUGAACAGCACAGUUCCUCUGAUUGGUCGCUCUGGAUUGCUAGGCGACCAUAAAAAUAGUGUCUUCAGUGGAGUGGCGUGUGGGCGUGGCCCCAUGGCAUCCAGUACAUACUGCAUCACAAGCUCUGGUUUGUUAUGUCUGUUCAACAGCAGUCGACAGCUGGACACGUGGGUCGACCUGAAGACGACGUCUGCGAGCUGUCUGAUGGUCAGCGAGGACUUUAUUUUUUGUGGUUGUGCUGAUGGAGUCAUCAGGGUUUUCAGUCCCUCCAACCUGCAGUACGUCACCACCCUGCACCGACCGCACCGCUUGGGGGUGGACCUGCAGACCAGUCACAUGACCCCCGCCAGACCAGGUGCUCAGUACCCCAACACUUUGGCCCUGACCUUUGACCCCCUCACUGGUCACCUGACCUGUGUGUACAACGACCACAGUGUGUAUGUGUGGAACACAACAGACAUGAAGAACAUGAAGAAGAUGUACUCUGCUCUGUACCACAGCAGCCGCGUGUGGAGUCUGGAGGUUUAUCCAGAGCUGUUGGAUCCGUCCCAGGCCUGUCUGCCUCCAUCGUCCUUCCUCACAUGUUCAUCUGAUAACACCAUCCGACUGUGGCACAUGGACACGCCCACUGCCCCCGCUAACCUGUAUAGCAACGACCUGCUGAGGAUCGUGUAUGUUGGGGAGAACACACAGCACCUGCAGGAUGAGGGGGAGGCAGCAGGGGCUGAUGGGAAGGCGGGCAUCAGGGUGUUGAGGAUCAGCCCUGAUGGACAACAUCUGGCAGCAGGAGACCGCUGUGGAAACCUACGUAUCUUCGGUCUGCAGUUUCUGGAUGAGCUGGUGAAGAUUGAAGCUCAUGACUCGGAGAUUUUGUGUCUGGAAUUCUCCCCCAUGUCCACAGGUGUGAAGCUCUUGGCGUCGGCGAGCAGAGACCGACUGAUCCACGUGUUUGACCUGGAGAAGAAUUACAGUCUGAUGCAAACACUCAAUGACCACUCAGCCUCCAUCACUGCAGUCAGGUUCACAGGGGAGAGUCCAGAGGUCCGGAUGGUCAGUUGCGGAGCCGAUAAGAGCAUCUAUGUCCAGACGGCAGAGCAGACAGCAGAGGGUCUGGUGUUCUCCAGGAGUCACCACGUGGUGGAGAAGACGACGCUGUAUGACAUGGACCUGGACGUCUCCAGGACGCACACCGCCAUCGCCUGUCAGGACCGAAACGUCAGAGUUUACAGCGUUCACAGUGGGAAGCUCCAGCGGUGUCUGCAAGGUUCAUCCACUGAUGAAGGUGCCCCACUGAAGGUUCACAUGGAUCCAUCUGGGACCUUCUUUGCCACCAGCUGCUCUGAUAAAUCCAUCUGCAUCUUCGAGUACGAGACUGGAGAGUGUGUGGCCACGCUGUUUGGACAUUCAGAGAUCGUCACCUGUAUGAGGUUCAGCCAGGACUGCAGACACCUCAUCACCGUGUCAGGAGACAGCUGUGUGUUUGUGUGGCGGUUGGACUGUCACAUGACCACUCUCAUGAGGAAGAGGCGGGGCCUGAGGAAGCCGAACGCUGCAGCCAACGCCAUCAGCCACAAACACAUCAGGAGGGAGACCUUCAUCACUGUCCCGUCAUCUCAGUUGCCUCAGAUGGAGGAGGAGGAGGAGGAGGCUGAUACCAGGACGCCGGGCAGACUGGGCUCAGGCGUUGACCAUCAGGUGCUCCAGUCUAACGGGAAACUGCCCAUGUGGUUGAGAAAACUGCAGGAGCAGGGUGAGGCCUCGUCUGCCGUCCAAUCAGACGCUGAGCCUCGUCAGGUGCGCGGUCGGUGGGCAGAGCAGAUGAAGCCGUUGAUCAUCUGCUCCAGCUACUCCCCAAGUCCCACCAAGAGCCACGAAGAAGAGGAGGAGGAAGAAGAGGAGCAGAGGAAGGAGGGAGGAGAUGAAGACUUCCACCCUCAGAGUCUGGAGAGUCUCCUAGGAGACGAGGAGGAGGAGGAGGAGGAGGGGGUUCAGGAGGAUCAGGUGGACCAGGUGGAUCCAGCUCCUGGUGGAUCUGGGACCAGAUACAGUCUGUACAACAGUAGCACCAGCGACAGGAAGUUCAACGUUCAGGGUUGUCUGGAGGUCAGAGGUCAGGGGGCGGAGCCAGUGUGGAGCUCUGAGCGGAGCGUGGACUCUGAAGGAUCAGCUGGAAGUCUGGCUCAGCAUCAGGACGGGGACUCAGACUCUCAGGGCAGUUCUGUGGACAGUCUGGUUCUGGGUCUGGACGACGACGAUGACACAAACUCUCUGAAGAACUACUUCGACACUCUGUCCUGCAGCCUGACUGACGAGAGGUUUGACACCGACCUGCGGACUCUUCAACCUCCGGACGAGAAACAGUUCCUGAACCCCAGACUCAGCAUCUCCACACGCUUCCUGUCGCGCUUCCAGGACCGCCACCGGGUGUGGCCAAGCCGAGCUCCACCCCCUGUAUCUGUCCCGACCAGGAUUUUAGAAGAGAGUGGCAUUAUCGACGCAUCGGUGAACGCAGAACCGAGUGUCACCGUCCCCACAGAGUCGACUCAAAAACCACAUGGCAAAGAUGUCUCCACCAGGACUCACAGUGACCUACAGGGGACGCCACAGCUCAGGUACCCAGGAACCACAGCCAGCUCCAGCAUCAUGGAGAACCGGGGUGCCUUGAGUCCAGACAUCCACAGCACCAGACCUGGACCCUGUGUAGACCAGAGCAGCCUGCAGGUGUUGGCUCCGCCCACUGAGCUGAUGUCACCGGGUGGAGGAAAUGAGGACACCCUGAUCGUAAGCCCCACCCCCUCACUCACUCCCACAGCCCCACCCACUGUGUGUGACCUCAUCCCCUGCCCCACCUCCAGUCAGCAGGACCGGUCAGGAUCAGGAGAACCAACCCAGGCUGACCCAGUGUCUGACCUGUCAUUAGAAGAUGAUGAGUCCACGUCUGCCCCGCCCACCUCCUCCUCCUGCUCACCUAUGUCUGAUAGACUCCACCUACAUCCAGGUGACGUUGAUGAGAUGGUGAGCGACCAGGAGGUCCAGGUUCAGCAGAUCGCCAACGAUCUGAGGCAGACGACCAGACGAGCCGUGGACCUGUACCGACAGCUCUGUGGUUCUGGUUCUGGUCCUGGUCCUCGGUCCUCCUCCGUCCUUCUGGAAGCCUUCGUAGCUGUUCGGUCUGACCUGGGGGCGGUACUUCAGGAGAAGGGGGCGGUGCUUCAGGAGGAGGGGGUGGGAGACGCCCGUCCUCUGGAUAACGGGAUGACGUCUCUGCUGGAGAAGUACUCGGAGCUGCUGCUGCAGAUGACCCAGAACAAAGUGAACCUGCUGCGUACGGAGGCUCAGAAGGGUCCAAACUGACCACGCCCACAUCAGUAUUUCACCUAACGCACCUUAUGUCGCUUUACUCGCCUUCAGUUUGACGUCACCAAUCACUGUGUUUGUACAGAAACGGACAUUUGACAUUUUUCCUAAUAAAAGCAGAAUCUUUUGAACAGAAUUAAUCACGUUUCCUGAUUUCAUUCUUUGACAAAACCACAAACUCCAGAAAAUCCAGGAUCUGAAAUGUCGAGUUUUAGUUUGAAGAAAAAACUCGAUAAGAUGGUACCGUGAACCGUAAAAUGGAGGUGGUUUGUGGUUUUACUGUGGCUGUGUCCUGUCUAAAAACAGAGCUAUAAUAAAAACCAGGGAUGUCAAACACGUGGCCCACGGGCCAAAACCGGCCCACUAAAGGGUCCGAUCUGGACCCUGGGAGGAAUUCACAAAGUGCAAAAAUGACACUCUUCAGACUUUCAUUCAUGUCUGUGUUCCCCAAACUGAGGGGUGGGGCCGUGGGUCGGUCUUCAUCGGCCCUCAUCCUCGUCCACCCAUGGAUCAGGUUUAAACGUCGGCUUAAUCCGAACUCUGACUACGACGUUUCGGCAUGUGUUGAAUGUUUUCAGCGAAACCUCAGUAAAACUGUCACUGUGGUCAGUGAUGUGUUCGAGUCCAGAGGAAACCACAGCAUCUGUGUCUGAAGGUUGAACUUUUCACAAAUAUAAUUUAUGUCCUCAGUAACAAAUGAGUAAAACUCAUUCAACUGAGGAUAUUUUAAUGUUUUAAAGUGGUGUUUGCUGUAUAUUAGAUUUUUCUGUUUUUCUUGAUGAGAGUUCUUUUUCUGAUUAGAUUCUGUUUGUUAUUUAAUGUUAUCCGUCCAGUAUCUGAGUGAACAUAUUAUGCACACAUUUCACUUCAUGUUAUAAAAGGUCUAGUGCUGUCAAAUCAGUUAAUCACAGGGUUGCUGUGGAUUAAUUUUCAUUAAUUGCAAUUAAAUAUUCAUUUUUAAUCAAUAUUAAUUGUGUUUCAUUUUGCAUGAACAGACUCUAGAAAUAAGGGAAUAUAUCUGCGCUGAAUGGGUUUAUUCAACACCUUCAACAGUUUCAACUGUC